GUCCAUGCGCGCGUAAGGCAGUGGCAGCUCAUCAUUGUACGGCGACUCCAAUUUCAAUCCUCUCGACCCUUCAAAUACGGCGGCAUGUCCGGUGGGCCAGACGCGAGGUGAAAGCGACGAGACGAAGGCGUACACGCUGCAAGCGGCGCACCACCUGAACACGUGCUGUGUGUGGCGGUGUUCCAGGCCGAACUGCCCCUUCUGCUGCGACGCCCACGACGACGAGACCGACGCCCGACGAGCGAGCGCUAGGCCAUACCGUCUGCAACACCGCAACGGUGCCCACCUCUCACCCGCUGUCUCCGCGUCGCCGCCAAGCUGGACUUCCUACUGAGUUCCGGUCAUGGCUCUGCCGCGCAGUUCCUGAGACCAACCUCGCAACUGCAGCGCUCCGCCACGCCCAACCCACCGCCCACGACCUCCACCGUCUCCACCCUCCGCUCACGUCUCUUCGCCAAUCGCCUGACGAAGACACACUCGACGCCCAACUUCCAUGACACGAGGAUGGCCGCGGUAGCCAGUCCGCACGCCCCGAUGCCCGCAAUGCGAGACGACGCCGUCAUGGACACGCGAACACCCUCGCCCGUGCACGCCGUGCAGACCCCGCCCGCGACGAACGACAAUGACUCCUCCUACAAUCCGGAUCUCAGCGCCGAGGUGGCCAUGCUGAGCACGAAACUGGUCAACGCGAUCAACUAUCAAACCAACCUCGAUGAUUCACUGCAGCAGACGCGACAUGAGCUGGAACAGGCGAAGAAGAAGGUGGCACAGCUGGAAGAAGAGAACCACCGACACAAGGCCUUGGUGAGCAGCGGAGUGCUAGUCCGCCAGGCCGACAUGCAGAAGAUUAUCGCCGGCCUGCGUAAGGAGCUGAGCGCCGAGCGAAUAGCGCGAGCUGAAGCGGAAAAGGGCAAGAAGCAGGUGGAGGGCGAAUUGGAGAAUCUGACGACUGCCCUGUUCGAAGAGGCGAACACCAUGGUGGCUGCUGCGCGCAAAGACACGGAAGCUGUAGAGAAGAGAAACGCGCAGCUCCGAGGCCAGUUGGAAGAAUAUGAGCAGCUCAUGGCUGCGCAGCGUGAACAGUUGACCGAUCUCAAGGGCUCCAUGGAGAAGCUGGAAAGUGAUCAGCCAGGAACCCGAGAACCGAGCGUCCCUUCCACGCCCGUUACCACGCAACACGCCAUGCUCGAGCCGCUGCAGCUGUCUCCCUCUCUGCAAAGCGUGGCUGAUCAGUCGCCUGAGCACCCACUCCACUUCUCUUCGCUCAUCAACCCGGUGCUGAGAAACGACACCAAGGCCUUCGAAGACUUCCAGGAUUUGCUGCUUCUCGCCCGCCGUCUUGGUGCUCAUUCUCGUAAUAACAGCAAUCAGACGGGUGCAGCGACGAAUUCGACCCAGCUAUACUCUGCGUACGGCUCUGUGUCCUCUUCGCCAAAUUUGCCAGGCGCCUUCUCCUUCGGUCAGACCAGCCCGACUACGGCAUAUCACAACGCGGCUGCCACGAUACCACCUUUGAAGGACAGCAAAUUCUAUAAGCGGGUUUUGACGGAGGAUAUCGAACCGACACUGAGGCUCGACCUAGCGCCAGGUCUCUCUUUCUUGAGCCGAAGGACCGUACUUGCAUCACUGGUGACAGGCACGUUGAACGUCGAGCCAUACCCGCAGAACAAACAUUAUUUCGCCUGCACCUUAUGUGGUGAGAGCAAACGGCAAGAACAAUACGUGCGCAGACAUCGUUUCUUAACGUCCGAGGAGGACAACGUCUCCAAGCCGCUCUGCGACUUUUGCACCUCUCGAGUCCGGACUACUUGCGAUUUCGUUGGCUUCUUGCGCAUGGUGCGCGACGGACACUGGAAGUGCGACAGCGAAGACGACCAAAAGGCCGCAUGGGAGGAGAGUGUUCGCUUGCGUGAACGCAUGUUCUGGGCACGACUUGGCGGAGGCGUUGUACCAUGUUUCGCCUCUCUGCCGCGAAGUGGGCUUCCUUCGCCUAUCUCAGCCCAUGGAUCCGCGCCAGGGUCAACGCGAGGAUCCACAAGCGGUCGUCAAAGUCUUGAUGACAUUCCAGAAGGCGCUGACAAGGAUGCACCACAGUCCGAGAACGAUGUGUUCCAGGAGAGACCAACGCCGAGUGUGCGGGUUUCGACAUCUGCCAUUACUGAUGCGAAUGACGAGAAAAAGGAGAUCGAGCAGAACGCGAUCGAGGAGAAUGAUUUUGCCAGGCAAGCGUUAGUGGACUCGCAAGCGCAGGAUGGGGCAGAGAAAGAACUUCCGCCUACUCCAUUCGAGGAUGCCAAAGAGGAGAUUGCCAAAGCCGACGAGACCACUACAGAGCCAACCGAAGAUGUUGCCGCGGCCACAAAGCAGAGCACAGAGUCAAACGAAGCGCCAGAGAAGCCAACUGAGGAGACCGCGGAGCCAGCCACGGAUCCUGCGAGGCCCACUACCCCAACGACUGUUCCAGACAGCAAAAUAGAAGAAGAUUCUGAAAAGCAAGAUUCCAAGAUCAGGACGAGUACCGGUUCAUUGCAGGCGUCUGUACAGUUGUCUCCGACACGCAAGUCUCAGGACGUCGCGCAGCGAGGCAGUCCUGAGCGCAAAGGCUCUUCGGUCCUGGCAAGAGUGAAAGCCAUGGAGGCGAGCUCACAGUAAAGCCAACAAUUUCACUUACGCCAACAGCUCACGAGCCAGCUACCGGCAAAGGCUUCGAUUGUCGAAUAUUUCGCAUUGCAUCACCUGUACGAUAAUACUAGGAAGGGAAAAGGAUAUAUUUUCGAGCAUGGCCGAGGCGUUUGCUUUUGGGGGAGACGGGAGAGAAAGGAAGCUACAUCAACAUUCUAUCACAUGCCUGCAUGUGCGCAACAUAGGGAAGGAAGGGAGAAGAAGAAGUGCCGCAACGCAAAUUAAUGAAUGGCUCGCAGUAUACGAGUCAUGGGAGCAUAUGAAGCGAUGAGCGUUGAAGGGAACAUGGCCUUUUGCUGCUGCUUGCUGCUUACUGGUGACGUGGCUUGCUGGCAUUUGGCUACAUUGGCGUUUUGUUUGGCAUGAUACCCGGGAUUGUACAAUA